AGUCGUGGUUCUACUUACUGGCUGUAAUACGGAUGUGGUGUCCUUCGGACGGGCUCUAGAACGUGGCUUGUUCGCAGAGCGUCGUUUAUUGCAGGCUGAUAGUGUUGAAAGUGAGCGCGAAGGCGGCUUACUCGGACUUUUGGAAAAACUUUCGAAACAUGGUUUAGCAGUUAAUGAUUUAUUGUCCGAGACUGUCUGGUUAAAGUUAGCCUACAAGAUGGAAGUGGAUAGACGCAAUAUGCCCUCCCACAAUUUAUUAUCUCUGGCUGUAUUGACAAAGAAGCUGGAAGAUUCUUCACUGAAAACAACAAACCAACAAAUUAUGCCAAAUGAGAGCAAAGAAAACCCCAAAACAGAAAGUCUAGAUGAGCCAAAGAAAGGUGUACAAAAGGCUUUAGAAAAAAGAGCAGAAGAAGAGAAAUCAAAACGGUUAUCCGAACAGUCGCCACAACGGACAAGGUAUGGAAUUCUCGAAACGGCACGACAGGAGCCCCCAUCUGUAUAUAAGCAUAAAAGGUUAUCAAUGCUAAAACGAGUGGCAUCAUCAAAAAAGCAUCCAGUAUAAUGUCCGAAUAAUUUAUCUACAACUUUGAAUAGGAAAUAAAACACACAUGUUUGUUAAGUUUUUUUUUUAAUUCAUAAAA